GAUAUUUUAUUGCAUAAUUAUCAUUUACUAUCUUUCUUUGUUGGCUCAACUUAGCUCACACAAAACUUUAUGCAAUUUUGAUUAUGAAAACAACAUAUAAGCUUUGAAUUGGAUACAUAAUAUUCUCAAAGGAGCCAAACCAACAAUGACAACGUUUCUGUCUCUCCCUUCACCUUCUUGUGUUUCUUUAAUGAGCAAAGAGACUUAUAGAUUUUGCAGUGUUGCUUCAAUUCACUCACGCAAAUCCCAUGUAAAAGAGUUCAACUUUAGAGUUAGAGCUGUUAAAGAGAAAACUGAGGAAAUCAAAAGCCCUUUACAGCCACCUUCACCUGAGGAAGUUACCAAGAAGUAUGGUCUUGAAGCUGGUCUUUGGAAGAUUUUCAGCUCAAAGGAAGAAGGGGGACAACAAAAAUCGAAAGGUGAUCAAGCCAAGGAGUUGCUGGCAAAAUAUGGAGGAGCUUACCUAGCCACCUCCAUCACUCUGUCAUUGAUCUCUUUCACUCUUUGUUACGUACUAAUCAACUCUGGAGUAGAUGUUCAAGCUUUGCUUCAGAAGGUAGGAAUCACUACUGAUGCAACCGGCGAAAAAGUUGGUACCUUUGCUUUGGCAUAUGCUGCACAUAAAGCUGCAUCUCCAAUUAGGUUUCCACCAACAGUAGCUCUUACACCAAUUGUAGCUGGUUGUAUUGGGGGUAAAGUUGUGAAAGAUAAGUAGCUAGUUGCUGUACCUUCAAAUACCAGUUUUUCAUUGUAGUAUACUUCUACCUGUAAUAAUAUUUUCAUUUCCCUUGCUAGAUUACAUUACUUCCACACUCGUGGACAUGUAAAUCCAUAUAUUGUCAAUAACUAAAGGGAUGUUAAACAAUAAACAUACCACCUGCCUAUAUGUGCAUAACUAA